UUUCUGCUCGAAUCCAAACAGCCUGCACUGCCCCGGCUCUAUUUACCCUCCUGGGACGGCGCCGGGGCCGACGUGGAACCCACAGCCCAAAAAACGGCCAUCACCACCACCUCCCAGCUCUGCCAUCGCUUCUUUCUCCUUAUUUCACCCAAUCUCAAUUCACCUUCUAAUAAACCAUGGGCACUACCAGGCACGGGGCUGCUCUGUGCCCCCAAUUGCCACAGAGCAAAGGGGGAGUGUGAGCCGCAGCCCCUGGGUGUGGGAUGCUCCCCCUGUGCCCUUCCAGGAAUUUCUUGCUUCCUGCCAGGGGUAAGAAGAUUUACUCUCUACCCAUCCCCUCCCUGUAUAUAUGGAGGUGGUUCUCCCUAAGACCCUCAGAUGUUUUCUCUUGCUCCUGUCCGUGUGCUACUGCCUGGGACCGGGUCCCCAACGUUGCCACAGGCUGCAGCAUGCAGUGCGGCUGCGUGACCCCGGGGCUGCCCGCCCUGCCUGGCUCCUACUGGGUACCAGGGCUUGCCUUCCCGGAUUGGGCGUAUAAGGCCGAGUCCAGCCCUGGCUCACGGCAGAUCCAGCUUUGGCACUUCAUCCUGGAGCUGCUGCAGAAGGAGGAGUUCCGCCAUGUCAUUGCCUGGCAGCAGGGCGAGUACGGAGAGUUCGUCAUCAAGGACCCCGACGAGGUGGCACGGCUGUGGGGCCGGCGGAAGUGCAAGCCCCAAAUGAACUACGACAAACUGAGCCGAGCUCUCAGGUAUUACUACAACAAGCGCAUCUUGCACAAGACCAAGGGCAAACGCUUCACCUACAAAUUCAACUUCAGCAAACUCAUCUUUGUCAACUGCCCGCUGUGGGACCUGCGCUGCCCCCCACUGCUGGCAGGCACCGUUCCCCCCGCCCUGCCGAGCCAGCUGCUGCAGAACGCAUUGCUGAGCCGGCGGGCGCUGGCGGAGCCGCUGGGCUGGCACCGGGGUCCCCGGCACCCACUGCUCCCUGAGGCACCGGAGAAAUCCCGGCUGAGCACCGUGUCCCCCCCGUGCCUGGGGGGCUCCUGCUGCCGCCUGGGGGGCCCCGAAGAUUUUCCCCGCUUGGCUGCCUUUCCCUGCCCAUUGCUGCCCGACGUUUUUCCCCCGGUCCUUUCGGGUCCGUUCGGUCCCUUUUCCCUUCGCCCACUUCGCUCGCCCCCCGCCUCGCGGGAACGUCGGGCCCCGUUCCCCGUCCCUCGCCACCCCCACCCGCCACCCCACCACUCCGCCUCGCUCGCCCCCCACCGCCUCGGGACGGCCCCCCCUCCCACUCUGGGGCUCCCCAAAUCGGAGCCGUUCUCGCUGGGUCCCCGUUCCCCUGGGCUCCUCGGUGGCCACGCCAUGGCUGGAGGGGGGCUCACGGGUGAGCAACCCAGGGAGGACGGCGAGGAGGAGGAGGAGGAGGUGGAUGAAGGCCGGCGUGGCACAGCCAUGGUACAGAGGGUGAAGCUGCAGCUGGAGGGCAGAGAGAAGGGCAGCAGCGGGCUGUCCCCUGCCAGUUUCACCCCCCCACAGCCCCCCGGCUGGCCUCUGCAGCCACCCUAAGGUGGGUGUGCGGGGGCACAGCAGCCCCCAGACCCCAAGACACCCACACAGACGGAAAUAAAGAGGUUUGCAGAGGGCUGUGGUUGUCUUGCUGGC